AUGGAAAGCAAAGUUGUACUUGUCUACUGGGGUGGUCUUAGAGGAGCUGCCUAAAUUCCUAGAUUGGCUCUUGAAUAUGCUGGAGUAUCUUACGAUCAAAGCCUAUAUACAAACGAUGAAGACUGGUUCAAGAGAGACAAACCAACACUUCCAAUGGUUUUACCAAAUUUACCAUAUCUUAAGGAUGGAGAUCUCCUUAUAAGUGAACAUGAUGCCAUCCUAAGAUAUGUUGCUCGUAAGUACAAGCCAGAGCUAUCGGGAAAAACUAUUGAGGACUUUGCUCUUGUUGAAAAUUACCUUUGCUUCUGGACAAAGAUCUAUAUUGAGGCAGUAAAUCUUUGCUACACCCCCGAUGUUACUGAAGAGAGAAGAGUUGAAUUCUUCAAAAAGCAUGAGGAAAAAUUCUAAAGAUUAGACAAAGCACUUGAAGGCAAAGAUCACUUUGUAGGUGAUUACACUACCAAUGCUGAUCUCUAUUUCUAUCACAUUGCCUCAGUCUUGAUGUGCAUUCACAAAGAUACUGUCGAAAAGUACUAGAAUCUAGUCAACCUCUUCUGGAGCUUGGACAAGCAUGAAUGGCUUCAGAAUUUCUAGAAAAGUGAUAGAUGGAUUCAUCAACUUAACGGAGAUGAAGCCUCAAUCAACAACAAGCAAUGA